AUGCAGAUUUCUCUUUUGGUCAUUACUCCAUGCAUAGACUAUGAUGCUAUAUUUUUUUCUUCUUUGACUUUUCUUAUUAUCUUCACUUUCUAUUUUUUUGAAUUUGCAUCUAAUUGUAUUUUUUUUAGCCCUGGUUGGUUCUGA